CAUACAAAUUACUCAUCUCCAAUUCAUCCCCAGCAUCACCCUGAGCUCUUCUCUUCCCCCUCUUCCUUUUCUUGUUCACUAUUCCAGCUCCAAUUUGCUUUCUUGAUUCUUGCACAUAUAUAGCAAAUAGGUACACACAUCCUAUCUUCUUGGUCUGUGAUCUACUAGUUGCAUGCCUUGAUUGCAAGUUUGCAACAACAAACUUACAAACAGAUAGCUCAAUCACCAGCUAGCGCGCCCAUGAACUCCUCCACCGCCAUGGAUCGAAUAGGCAGUUACUGGGGCAUGUGGGGAGCAAGGAGAAGCACCAGCAGCAGCAGCACAGCGAGCCCCAUCACUGCUUGGGCGGCAGCUGCGGCCGCCGGCGGCGAGCCGUCGUGGGAGGAACAGGCUUUCGAGCGCGAUGCGGCGGCGCACCUCGGCGGCUGCGUGUGGCCGCCGCGCUCCUACUCGUGCACCUUCUGCCAGCGCGAGUUCCGGUCGGCGCAGGCGCUCGGUGGCCACAUGAACGUCCAUCGCCGUGACCGAGCUCUUCUCCGGCAGGGGGGCUCAUCCCCCGACGCCCCCAAUGAUCAGCCACAGGAAGGGGCUCUCCUGUACAGGGCCGCCUCUAGCCCUAGCACUACAACGGCGGCGACUAACGCAGCAGGUACUGCCGCCGGCUCAGCAGCCAACAAGGGGGGUGCGAAGAACACCACGACUCCUCCUGCUACUUCCUACUUAUCAACCAUUAUCAAGGAGAGCAAGAACAAGCUCCUCAUGUCGAUGCCAGCAGCCCCCGUGGAGAUGAGAGAAGAUCACUGCGAUCUUGCUGAUAACAACGGCGAGGAGUCAGCGAGGACAAAGAGGAGGCGUUUGGAUCAUCCCUCCGCGGCGGCGCUUCUGAUCUUUGUGCAGCCAGUGGCGGAGGUUACAGCAUGUGAAUCAUCACAGGGGCUACAAGGAGGAGUUGAUCAUGAUGCAAAGGUACCACAAGCAACAAUCCCAAGCCCUAGCUCUAGUUCCCUUCUGCUUGUGGAUCAACAUGAAGUAGAUCUAGAGUUAAGGCUUGGGACCACUCCAAAAGUUACAUGAUACACAGAGCCAGUACAUACUUGUGCAUGCAAACUAAAGGAGAUCAAUUUGUUUGGUCUUUUGAAUGUAUCGCUAGCUACUCCUGCUGGAUUGUUGAUUGCUUGUUUCUCUCCCUUUUUUUCUCAUUUCCUUUCUUGUGCUACCGGAUCAUACAUUUUUUGGCCAAAGAGCUACUUUAGAUAUAAAUUUCUCUCUUUCAAU